AUGAGGAAGAACUUUGUGCCGAGGGUGGCAGAGCGCUGGGACAGGGAACCUGCUCUCGGUGGCCCUGCUUUGGCCGGGGGGAAAGCUCAGGCGGAAGGUGGAUCAGCUCGGACAUCACUGCUUAUAUUGGUGUCCAUCUUCUCAUUGGCUGCUUUCCUUAUGUUCCUGGUAUAUAAAAAUUUCCCACAACUUAGUGAAGAAGAAAGAGAAUGUAUAAAGGUUCCUAGAGAUAUGGAUGAUGCAAAGGCCUUGGGAAAAGUCCUGUCCAAGUAUAAGGACACAUUUUAUGUUCAAGUGUUAGUUGCUUAUUUUGCCACAUACGUUUUCUUGCAAACGUUUGCUAUUCCUGGGUCUAUAUUUCUCAGCAUCCUGUCAGGGUUUCUUUAUCCCUUUCCAUUGGCCUUAUUUCUUGUUUGUCUGUGCUCUGGACUUGGAGCUUCGUUUUGCUAUAUGCUUUCAUACCUAGUGGGACGUCCUGUUGUAUACAGAUAUUUAACAGAAAAAGCAGUAAAAUGGUCAGAACAGGUUGAACGACACAGAGAACACCUCAUUAACUACAUAAUAUUUUUGAGAAUAACACCUUUUCUUCCCAAUUGGUUUAUCAAUAUAACAUCUCCUGUAAUUAAUGUGCCAUUGAAAGUAUUUUUCAUUGGCACUUUUCUAGGUGUGGCACCACCGUCUUUUGUAGCCAUUAAGGCAGGAACAACGCUGUACCAACUUACAACAGCAGGGGAAGCUGUUUCCUGGAACUCUGUGUUUGUUCUCAUGAUUCUAGCCAUCCUCUCCAUCCUACCAGCUCUCUUCCAGAAGAAACUGAAACAGAAGUUUGAAUAAGGAUCAAACUGGACCAGAAUUUCCCAUACUUCAUCUCAGGAUCAGCACUUCUGAUAUUUGUAUAUUUGCUUUUCUAUUGGAUCUUAAGCAAUUAAGGAGGAGGCUUGUAAUUGAUAAGAAUGUUUUUAAAUGAACACAAGGCCCAGAAUUGAAGGAACUGUGUUCAGAGAUGUACUGCAUAUAGUUUUGUAACCAAACCAUCAGUGUUUUACUUUGGGAGGGGGUGUGUGUGGCCCUCAGGAUGAGGGAAGUGGAAACACAGAUGUAACAUUUUGCUCUGAUUAUAUGCAGAGCAAAAAAUGUAAUGUAGACAUAAACUACAGAUAAUGCUUUCUAAAACUUGCAGGAAACCUUAAUUAUUCAGUCCAAUUUUGUGAUAUUCUGUGUAGGCUUGCAUGUGAUCUGGUCUGAGUACAUUUCUCAUCAACAAUAUUUCUGGGUUUUGCCUUUGGGAGUUCCAAAAUAAUAUAAUAAUGGUGCUCACUCUGAAACAAAGGGGUUUUGCAGUACUUCAAC